AAUUAUCAACGCUUUCUAUUUUUUGUUCCAUGCCUCUCCAAUUUUGUCGAACGGAUUGGGAUCUACAAAAAUUUAAUCAGGCCCAAAAGGGCCCAUGUAGGAAAUCAUCGAAUCAUCCUUGAUCCUGCGUCUUCCUCAGUUCGAUUCGACUGAUACCCAACGAAUUAUAGAACAGUGAGAAGGAAGGAAGAAGAAUGGGGAAACAAUCGGGAGGGUGGUUUGGAAUGCAGCAGAAAAAGAGUUGGCCAUUAAUGAUUAUGGUGCUCUUCUCACUGUCAGUAGCUAUGGUUUUCUUCAUUAGAUCCACCUUCGAUUCUUACUCUGUCAGCCCGAGCCCGGAGCUAGUGCUACACACUUCAAAAGAGAAGCCGGAGAGCACCGACGCUCAAUUUAACCAAAAUGCUGAAUCAAAGAAACCGAUUCCGCUCGAUUUCAUGAAGUCGAAGCUCGUUCUCUUGGUGGACAUUUUAAGGAUAUGCGUAUGCAACAAGGUAAUAGGAGAGUGUAAGGACAGAGCAGAGCUCAAAGCCCUGCUACAGUCGCAUACUCGCAUGGCAAUUACAAUAAGAAUGCCCUUACCUGAAUGCUUGUCUUUACUUAAUUCUCCGUCUCCAAGAGACCUGUUUCUUCAGAACACGCCACACUCAUUUAAUGCGGUUUUCUCUGCAAAAGGUCAAAAGGCUAUUGAUACAGCUCUUAAAGCUGAUUUGAUCAUUUUGAAUACCGCAGUUGCUGGAAAGUGGUUGGAGGCUGUUGUCAAGGAAAAUGUUCUGCAAGUCCUGCCCAAGGUUCUCUGGUGGAUUCAUGAAAAAUCACCAGGACUGCUCUCCUAUCUUGCGAAAUUUUUUUGUAAAUUGUACAUUGUGUAACAGAAAUUCGGUAUAUACAAAAGAUGAGUUGAGGCUAUUUUAGAAAGUAUUGAUGUUGAGUCUCCUUUUUUUUUUCUUUUUUUUGGGCCAAAAAAAGUCUAUUUUUUGG